AUGAAUAGAGCUGACAUUCGCAGCUAUUUCAUCAACGACCAAGAUGAGAUCCGCAAUAUCAGAGAGCCCGAUUACUACUUCAAGUACUAUCUUACCAAGAAUGGCCGCGUCAAUGAUCGCCAACGCUUCCAUUUCAACGCGAUUCGCGAUAUUGUUCACGCACGUCUCGAAAAGGAAGGCUUGAGCAAGGUCCUCUUACCUCUCGGCACCGAGCCGACUUCACCCAGGGUGCCCAUUUUCACCAGUGCCAACCUGGGCACUGCCUCGCGCGUCGUUGUGAUCUUUGGCGAGCCCAGCCAGGAUCUCGGCAACUCGGCCCUUCGCGUCGUCAAUGGUCCUGGUGGCAUCAAUAAGGGCAGCAUGGUAUCAGUCGUUCAAGAGAUCAACCGCCAGAGAGCUUGUCCCUCCGACGAUGGCCCCCCUGGAAUCAUUCUUGCCAACACGGGCGAGCUCUGGUGGUGGCCCGAGGGGAAGAAGGCUCUCAGCCCGACUUCGGCCUUGGCUGUUCCUCGGAAGAGCAUGGUUCACCACGGCCGCGCCAACAACCCAAAAUACCAUGCGAUCCCCAAGAAUGAGUCCCCCGAAGCACACAUCGCAUAUGUUCUCGACGAGGUCCUCCCUUACCUUGUUCCGCUAGCUGCUCGACUCGACAUCAUCGGCAUAGGUCUCGGUGCCGACUACGCGACCAGAGCCUUGGAUAGACCUGACACAUGGACUGCUCUCGGCCACCGGAUCAACACCUUGUCCUUGCUCGGGAGCACGACGAGCAUCGAUGAGCUUUCUCACGAUCCAUUCAAGGAGUUUCUUCCCCGACGCACCCGAGCAUACAUCACAGAUGACGCUCCCGUGCUAACGCCUCUGGCUCAGCCCGGCGGCAAUCCCAACACUGCCUCAUUCACGGAGCAUGGCUGUACGGUCUACAGCUCUGGCGAAGUCUAUCACGUCGAAUGCAUCCUCAUCGCCGGCCGUGGCCCUAUUCUCGACUGGAUCCAGGAGGUCGCUCUCGCUGGCCCCGAUUAUCGCCACCCUGAGGUUGUUGCUGUCGACCCCUACAUGCCGACGGAGGAGGAGUGGGCUGCCGGGGGAUUCGACGAGCAGUGGGAGAAGAUGCCCGAGUCCGCGAAGCCGAGCAUCGGGUACGCCAUGUCGCCCGAGGCACAUGAGCAUUGCGAGGUCCUAGAGGGGAUUCAAGAGCGUGUGGUUGGACAGAAAGCGGGGCAGAGUGAUGCCUGCGAAUGA